AUGAGCAGUGUAUGGCCUGUGGCAGACGACCCGCGCGCCAAGCUCUUCAAUGACCAAGUGCACGGCUACAUCAAAGUGAACGGCCUGUGCGUGUCGCUCAUGGACACGCCGCAAUUCCAGCGGCUGCGCGACCUGAAGCAGCUGGGUACGCUCUACUACGUCUUCCCGGGGGCCUCGCACAACCGCUUCGAGCACUCGCUGGGCGUGAGCUUCCUCUCUGGCCAGACCGUCGAGCGCUUCCGACAGCAGCAGCCGGAGCUUGAGCUGACGCAGCGAGACGCGCGGCUUCUGAGUGCGGCGGGACUUCUGCACGAUUUGGGUCAUGGUCCGUUCUCACACGUGUUCGAGAACGAGUUUAUGCCGCGAGUGGCUGCUGCGCGGGGAUAUGGCGGUGUAGACGCACCGACCUACCACCACGAGGAUAUGUCGCUGAGGAUGAUUGAGUACAUGGUGGACGACAACAACAUCGACCUGGAGAGAGACGAUGUGCGCUUCAUCCAGCAGCUCAUUGUCGGGGCGAAAGAGACGCACAUGGGCUCGCGUGGUGACUCUCGUGGCUACUUGUACGAGAUCGUGGCCAACGGCCGCAACUGCAUUGACGUCGACAAGUUCGACUACCUAGCUCGUGAUAUGCUGAACCUGUUCGGACUGCGCAAGGUGUUCGACUUCUCUCGACUGACGAUGUUCAACCGCGUGAUCGGCAACGAGAUCUGCUAUCACACCAGCGUCAACCUAGACAUCUACGACAUGUUCCAGCAGCGCUAUCAGAUGCACAAGCAGAUUUACAACCACCGCAAGGGCAAGGCCGUUGAAUUCAUGAUUUGCGACGCGAUGCUUCUAGCUGACAAGGAGCUGGGCAUCUGUGCCUCCACACAAACACCAGAGGACUUCCAGUUCCUCACCGAUCACAUCGUGCACUCGAUCGAGGCGUCCAAGACUGACACGUUGGCUGAUGCACGGGCGCUUCUCAAGCGCAUGCGUCGUCGUGAGCUGUACGAAUUCAUUGACGAAUACCUCCUGCCUCCUGAGUUGAUGUCGCGUAUUCCGCGUUUCACCAGCGAGGAGCUGGCGACACAAACUUCCUAUGACGGUGUGACCUUGGAUCCCGAAGACAUCAUCGUCUCGGAUGGUCGACUGAACUACAACUUCAAGGAUCGCAACCCGGUGGACAACGUCUCCUUCUACGCGUCCAGCGAUCUCAACUCCAAGUUCCACAUUCCGAAAGAUCAAGUCAGCCUGCUUUUCCCGGAGAAGUUCGAGGAGCGAAUUAUCCGCGUGUACAGCCGAAACAAGUCACCCAAAGUCCAUGCUGCAAUCCAACACGCCUUCCGCAGCUACAUUCGCCAGUUCAGCACCACUCUUCCGCCUCCGUCGCCGUCCUCAAAGGUGCGCUACAUUUGUAUUCAGUAUUCAUGCAGAUCUGUAGUCUCACGUUCUUGUGCAGAUCUAUGGCAAACAGAUUUCUGA